CAGGCUCAGAGUGCUUCGGAAUUGAGAAGAAGCAAUAGGUUAGCUAGUUUCGGGUUGUUUUAAUAGAAUUUUAACCGAACAUUUCCCGUUUUAAUCAAGUUGUUGAGAUUUGGAGAUUUACUAAUCGGCACGCUUAUCCCACCGUCAACAUUCGAGGUAAGCAUGGCACUGUCUUUGUCCUCCCCGUGUGGAUACUAUGAUGAGGAUGAGGAAAUGGCUGUGUUUGAGUCUACGGCAGCAGAGCAUGGAGGGAUGGCGAGACCUCGUCUGCCUGAGAUCUCUGUCAUUUCACCUGGCCUAGACGCACGGCCAUCCAUCAUAGAACCGAAACGAGCAGUGAAACCUGCAGUGGUGAGACAAGGGAGCUGUGAUGAAGGGAACCCAGAGAGGGUGAAGGUUUUUCUGCGCAUCCGGCCUCUUACUGAGACUGAGAGAAGCAGGGGAGAAGAACAGGGUUGUGUGGCUGUUCAAGAUGAAGAGACUCUGCUGCUCAAGGCUCCAAAAGACUCCCAAAACAUGAGGACUGCAGAGAGGGGCAUCACUCAGAGCAUGCACAAGUUCAGUUUCUCGAAGAUAUUUGGGGCAGAGACCACACAGCAACAGUUUUAUGAGUGCACGAUGAAGAAGAUGGUGAAAGAUGUGCUUCAAGGAGAAAACAGACUCCUCUACACUUAUGGUGUCACCAAUUCUGGAAAAACUUACACUAUUCAGGGCAGUGGUCGAGAGGCAGGUCUCCUGCCCCGGGCUUUAGUGUCUCUGUUCAGGAAACUGCAGGGUCGUCUCUAUGAUGCCAUGGACCUGAAGCCUGUCAUGUAUCAAGAUGUGAGGCAGCUUGAUGCUGGUGAGGUCAGGGUGGAGGAAAUCCGCAGAAACUCUCUGCUCAAAGAGGACGAUCUGAGUUCCCGUCAAGGUGGUACCACUACUAUCUGGGACAGUGGAAUCGGAGGACUCUCCUCCACAAGUUACAUUGCCACCCAGCUUGAAGACACUGACAAUGUUUGUCUGGAGCCUGACAGCCUUUCACACAGUGCAGAUGAUCUGGAGGAAGGCGUGCAGUUUUCUAUCUGGGUGUCCUUCUAUGAGAUCUACAAUGAAUUCCUGUAUGACCUACUGGAUGCUUCGCCCUCAAUGCAGCCCAGAAAAAGGGUAACACUGCGGCUUAGCGAUGACAAGCAAGGCAACCCCUAUGUGAAAGACCUCUCUUGGAUCCAGGUCCGCAGUGCUGAGGAGGCUUGGAGGGUUCUCAGGGCUGGACAUCGUAACCAGAGCUUUGCCAGCACUCACCUCAACCAAAACUCCAGCCGCAGCCACAGCAUUUUCUCUGUCCGUGUCCUGCACAUCCGCCCAAAGGCAGAUUCGUCCCCGGCCAUGCACAUCAGCGAAUUGACUGUGUGUGAUCUGGCUGGGUCUGAACGCUGCAAGGAGCAGCGUAAUGGUGAGAGGAUGAAGGAGGCCAACAACAUCAACACCUCCCUUUUAACACUGGGACGCUGUAUUGCUUCUCUGAGGCACAACCAGAACAACAAAUCACGACCUCCUCAAGUGGUGCCCUUCAGGGACAGUAAACUGACCCGAGUCCUGCAGGGUUUUUUUUGUGGCAGAGGAACCUCCAGCAUGGUGGUCAACAUCAAUCCGUGUGCCUCCAUCUAUGACGAGACCCUCCAGGCCCUUAAGUUCUCAGCGAUUGCUACUCAGCUGGUCCAUGGCCCGUCCACAAAGACCAGAGUGGCCUACAUCCUGUCCCUACUGCGUGAGCCGGCAACAAAUGGUAAUGAAAGCACGGUGAUCGAAGAAGAGGAGGAUGAGAGUGAUGUUGAAGACGGAGAUAUCACCAUGUUAAAUACUGAGGCUUUGCUGCAGGCCAUUGAUAUCCUGAAGAGAGAGGUGCUGCGCCAGCGGGAAGAGAAAGAGGCUCUUGAGGCAAAUGUGAGAGAGCAGGUGGUCUCUGAGAUGAUGGAGGUCAUCUCUGAGAUGCAAGAUGGCUUCAGUGAGACCUUGGAGUCAGAUAGAGCUCGAAUUGAAGAGCGGUACGAGGACAAGAUAACUAACUUACAAAAACAUUUGAAGAAGUUCUACAGCCAGGAGCUAAAGGAGCGAGAUCAGGAGAUUGAAGCGUUGUCUGCUGCUCUUGAAAAAAGGAAGAAAGCUGAAUUGGACCCCGUGUCGGUGCCACAGGGAGACUCUGAGGGGCCUCGACGGUCUCAGCGCCUCACUACACACACAGAAGUUGGCAGACUGCGCGCUGAGCUUGAGCAGUCUCGCGCUGAGCUUGAGCAGUCUCGCGCUGAGCUGUUCACCAAGACACAGGAGCUGACGAAGCUGAAGGUGCAGCUGGAGGUCCCAGGUUCAACUGGCACGCUUACCAGUGCUGCUGACCGCAAGCUGGAGGAGGGUCAGCGGAACCUGCGCCAGCUGCGCCUGGAUCUGCAGCGGCUCGGGGCGAACCUGCAGUCUGGUGAACGAGCCUGCUGUCGCAAUACAGGAGGGGAGAGGCUGCGCCAGGCACUAGCAGCUGCAGAUGAGACACUAGCCAAACAGGACCAGACCCUGGUGGAGCUCCAGAAUGGCCUGAUGCUUGUAAAAGCUGAUUUAAGGCGGAAAGCAGAGAUCCUGGCCCAUACACAUGCUGCCCAGCCCCAGCUGCCCCCCUCGGGUCCUCAUACCUCCACUACAACAGGUUCCUGCAAGAAGAGGGGCUGUGGGGCCGCUGCACCAAGUGACACUGAGAACCGGCCUCCCCAGAAACGGCCCUUUUUCCAGUCUGUGUUCUCAAUACGUACCCCAACCCGUAAAUACAACACUUGUGCUGAUGAGGCAAGCCUUACCCCUUACUCACGGAUCUUGCGCUCUCACCAGCAGUCACCUCGAAGCCCUGUCCCCACCCCUCGUAGUCUGAGGGCAAAGUAUUAAGCUCUUUAGAGCUUGGGAGUGUGUUCUUUUUGAUAUUAUGCAAAAACAGUUAUAUUUGCUGAUAACUUUAUAGAAUUUUAUAUUGUUUUGUAUAUAUAUUCACUUUUUGCAGUGCAGUUAACUCACUGUUAUUCAUACCAAAUUGUUGUGAUGCCAGUUUACAGUUGUGCUUUAAAGAGGGUUGCAGUAUACUACUAAGAGAGCUUCUUAGUGGCUAAUAAUGGACUGUAUGGUAAGAGUAGUGCAUGUGUGUGUACACAGUAAUUAACCUUUUCUGCCUCUGCAACUCCUCCACAUGCCUUUGCUGUCAAGAGCUUUCAGUUUUGCGCAAUAAAAUCCAUAAAAUUUUGU